AAAAAAUAAAACAAAAAACGACAAUUACAAAAAAAUCACACUAGCGAUCACGAAGAGCCAUAACUCUCUCUCGCAGAGGGUGAAGAAAGUGAGUCUCUUCACACACUCUCUCACUCGCGCGCGCGCGCGCGCACGCAUAAUCUCUCUCUCAGAUCAGAUCGGAACUUCCGAACCCCAACUUCUGAAGUUUUCGUCCAGUUUGUGUACACCUGAUCCAUUCUGUUCAAUUCAUUUCCCACUCAGUCUAUAAUACAGAUCAUAUAUACAUAAUAUAUUAGGUAGGAGUUUGAAUUUGGAUUAGUAGAUUGGGGUCUGAAUUUGAGAGAAAUGACUUGUGUAAAAGGAGUGGGUAGAUUGGCGUCGGUGGCGUUGGCGCCGGACUCGCCCUACAUGGCGGCGGGGACGAUGGCCGGGGCUGUGGAUCUGUCUUUCAGCUCUUCCGCGAGCCUCGAGAUCUUCAAGCUCGAUUUCCAGUCCGAAGAUUGGGAGCUUCCUCUUAUCGGCGAGUCGCCGAGCUCCGAGCGCUUCAACCGCCUCUCCUGGGGCAAGGCCGCUGCCGGAUCCGCUUCCGAGCAGUUCUCUCUCGGUCUCAUCGCAGGUGGACUUGUUGACGGUACCAUUGAUGUCUGGAACCCCCUCGCUCUGAUCCGUUCUGAAGCAAAUCAAAAUGCUCUUGUUGGACAUCUCUCGCGGCAUAGAGGACCAGUACGUGGUCUUGAAUUUAAUGGUAUUACCCCAAACCUGCUUGCAUCUGGGGCUGACGAUGGUGAAAUUUGCAUCUGGGAUUUGGCAAACCCUGCAGAACCUUCUCAUUUUCCACCCCUGCGGGGUGGCAAUCCUGCUGCGCAGGGAGAAAUUUCGUUUUUAUCUUGGAAUAGUAAGGUUCAACAUAUAUUGGCAUCCACAUCAUAUAGUGGGACAACUGUGGUUUGGGACCUAAAGAAGCAAAAACAAGUUAUAAGCUUUUCAGACUCGGUUAGAAGGCGAUGCUCUGUUUUGCAGUGGAAUCCUGAUUUUGCAACUCAUCUUGUUGUUGCAUCGGAUGAAGAUACUUCACCCUCUGUGAGGCUGUGGGAUGUGCGAAAUGUAAUGUCACCACUUAAAGAGUUCACGGGACAUACUAAAGGUAUAAUUGCAAUGGCGUGGUGUCCUGUUGACAGUUCCUAUUUGAUUACUUGUGCCAAAGAUAAUCGAACUAUUUGCUGGGACACUGUUUCUGGAGAGAUUGUCUGUGAAUUGCCUGCUGGCACCAACUGGAAUUUUGAUGUACACUGGUAUCCAAAGAUACCUGGGGUCAUAUCAGCAUCUUCAUUUGAUGGAAAAGUUGGCUUUUAUAACAUUGAGGGUUGCAGUCGGCAUGGUGUUGGCGAGAGUGAGGUUGGUACAGCUCCUCUGAGGGCUCCAAAAUGGUGUAAACGUCCUGUUGGUGCGUCUUUUGGCUUUGGUGGCAAGCUUAUGUGGUUUUGCCCUAGGCCCUCUCUGGCAGGUGUGCCAGCUGGUGGUUCAGAGGUUUAUGUGCACAACUUAGUAACUGAAGACAGUUUGGUUAGUCGAUCAUCUAAGUUUGAAACUGCAAUACAAAAUGGGGAAAGGCCUUCGCUGAGGGUACUAUGCGAUAAAAAAUUACUAGAAUCUGAAGCAGAGGAUGACCGUGAAACAUGGAGCUUCUUGAAGGUUAUGUUUGAAGAUGAUGGGACAGCAAGAACAAAUCUGCUUGCCCACCUAGGUUUCAGUGCACCUACUAACGAAAAAGAGUGUGUUCAAGAUGCUCUUUCCCAGGAAGUAAAUGCACUUGGACUUGAGGAUACAGUAGCUGAGAAGGUUGGAUCUGUGGGUGAUAGAGAAGCAACUAUUUUCCUUACUGAUAAUGGUGAAGAUUUCUUUAACAAUCUCCCUAGCCCCAAGACUGAUACACCAUUGUCCACCUCUCGCGGUAACUUUGCUAUUGUGGAUACUGCACAUGAUUCGAACCAGUUGCAACAGGAACCAGAUGUAUUUGAGGAGAGUGCUGACCAAGCAUUUGAUGAUGGUGUCCAACGUGCGUUAAUUGUUGGAGAUUAUAAGGGGGCAGCUGCACAGUGCAUAUCUGCAAAUAAAAUGGCUGAUGCUUUAGUUAUUGCUCACGUUGGUGGUGCAUCCUUGUGGGAGAGCACUCGUGAUCAAUACUUUAGGAUGAACCUUUCACCUUACCUAAAGUUUCACUCUCAGGUUGUUUCUGCUAUGGUGAACAAUGAUCUCCUGAGCAUUGUCAAUACCAGACCCCUGAAAUUCUGGAAAGAAACGCUUGCUCUUCUCUGUAGUUUUGCACAGAGAGAGGAGUGGACUAUGCUCUGUGACGCACUUGCUUCAAAACUAAUGAAUGCUGGUAACACGUUGGCUGCUACUCUCUGUUACAUAUGUGCCGGAAAUAUUGAUAAGACUGUGGAAAUUUGGUCAAGGAGUCUUCAAACCGAGCAUGAAGGGAAAUCCUAUGUCGAUCUUCUUCAGGAUUUGAUGGAAAAGACUAUUGUUCUUGCCUUGGCAACUGGGCAAAAGCAAUUCAGUGCAUCUUUGUAUAAGCUUGUUGAGAAGUAUGCUGAAAUUUUAGCAAGCCAAGGGCUUUUAACAACAGCAAUGGAGUACCUUAAACUUUUAGGCUCUGAUGAAUUGUCACCUGAGCUCGUGAUCUUAAGAGAUCGUAUUGCAUUCUCUACAGAACCUGAGAAAGAAGCCACAGGUAUGGCCUUUGAGAGCUCUCAAACACAAAGUGCAGCAAUAUAUGGUGCUGAUCAAUCCAAUUUUGGCUUGGUUGAUUCCUCACAAUCUUAUCAACAGGAAACAGCACCAUUACAGAUGCAGCCAAAUGGUCCUAGCAAUCCAUAUGGUGGAAAUUAUCAGCAUCCUGCUAGCUCUCCAUAUGGAGGGGGAUAUGGUGCUCCUACCUCAUAUCAGCCACCAAACAUAUUCCUUCCAUCCCAGACACCUUCCCAGCCAAAUUUUCAGGCACCUCCCGUCACCACCCAACCAGUUGCGAGGCCCUUUAUUCCUGCAACUCCUGCUGCACUUAAAAAUGUGGAGCAAUAUCACCAGCCCACAUUGGGUUCUCAGCUUUAUCCUGGAACCACUAACCCUACUUAUCAACCCAUUCGACCUGGGACUGGUUCAGCUGUCCCUGUUACAUCACAACCCAGUGCAUUUCCUGGCCAUAGAAUGCCGCAGGUGGUAGCUCCCACCCCACCCCCAAGGGGAUUUAUUCCGGUUAAUUCAGGGGUUGUUCAAAGACCUGGGAUUGGUUCAAUGCAACCACCCAGUCCUACUCAGGCAGCUUCUGCACAACCAACAGUUAUGCCCGCAGCUCCACCACCCACAGUGCAAACAGUUGAUACUUCAAAUGUACCAGUCCACCAAAAGCCUGUCAUUGCAACAUUGACAAGACUUUUCAACGAGACAUCAGAAGCGCUAGGUGGUUCACGGGCAAAUGCAACUAAGAAGCGGGAAAUAGAAGACAAUUCCAGGAAACUAGGUGCCUUGUUUGCAAAACUGAAUAGUGGGGACAUAUCCAAAAAUGCUGCUGAAAAGCUCGUUCAGCUCUGCCAGUCUUUGGACAAUGGUGAUUUCAGUACCGCACUUCAAAUCCAGGUAUUACUUACAACCAGUGAGUGGGACGAGUGCAACUUCUGGCUAAAUACACUAAAGCGAAUGAUCAAGACAAGACAGAAUGUGAGAUUGCACUAAACGAGGUUAAUAUAGUAUCGAGAGAGUGGUUUUUUUUUUUUUUUUUUUUUCGCCCUUGAAUUCUAAAAUUCAUAGAUGUUUUACCUUUUCUUUUUGGAUGUUUUUCAGUUUUUAGUGAGCUGCUGGAAGUUGUUUUCUUUGUUAUAUAAUCUCAAUUUUCUUUUCUGGCCUCGAAACUGUACCAUCCUUGUGAUUUUAUCAUUAAUAUAAACAUGAAGUUUUGAAUAAUAUAACAAGAUUCG